AUGAGCUACUAUACCAAUACCAUGAAUGCUUCUACCAAUGAUUGCUUUGCUGCUUACAAUCAAAACGAAUACAGAUUCAAUCCUCAAUACGAGAUGAAUUAUUAACAAUAACAAAACAACAAUCUUAACAACACCUGUUUGCAAGGCGAAUCCUUCCAAGCUCAACAACAACAAUACGCUUCAACAGCAACUCCUUACUACUACUAAGAAUAGCAAAUUUAAUACUAUGCUCAAUAUCAUGAGUAGCCUGAGUAAAUUUACUAUAACUAUACUUAACAAUAAUAACCUAAUGAUCAAUGCUUCAAUCAUUUAUACCACUAAUCACACUAACAAGUUGUCUACCCUAAUCCUACUUUGGAAUAGUAGAAUUUCUUCAAAUAAGAGGCUAUUAACACUAAGGAGGAAUUCGAGAAUAGCUGCCAUGAAUCAGACAAUGCUGAAAACCAAUCCAUCACCUAUUCUCCUAACUCCCCUAAUCCUCUUAGAGAAUCAAAUUCUUCCCUUACUUGCUCACCUUCUUCCAUCAACCUCAAAACCGAAGAAAUUCUUCCCCUGUCUCCCAAAUUACCCCAAAGAAAGAAUGCAAGCAAAAAGUCAGCUGCUAACAAAUUAGCAGCAUAGGUCUCUGAGUCAAGCCAAUCUCUUGAAAAAACCAAAUAGUCCAUCAGCAAGAAUAACAUUCGUAAUUUCUUAACUCCAAUUGUUAGAAUGAGAUCUGGUUUUGUUGAUUACCAAUUAUUAGAAAAGGAAAAGCUCACAACCUUAUAGUAUGAUGCCUUCUUAAAGUAACAUUUCUAUGUCCCUGGCCAAACCAGAUUAAACAUCCGCCAAACCAUCUUUGACUCUCUUCUUGACCCCUAAGAAAAGAGCCAAAUGAAGGAAAAGAAGGUCUUCGCUUUAACCGUCAUCAAGAAAAUUCAAGAAUAAUUCUUGAGACUUAUCAUUGAAAAGAGAUCUACCUUCAAUCAACAAGAAUUCAAGUAAUAAUUCGAAUGGAUUAAUGGUAUUAACGAAACCCUCACUGAGUUCCUUAACUCCAUCUCUAAUUGA